UGGGAGAAAAAAAUUCUGAGAAUUUGCAGAUGAAAGAUGAAUUGGAGACUGUGAUUGAAGAGAACACAAAUUUAUGUCUCAAUUUAGAUGAACAAUCAAGGAUAAUACAAGACAGAAACAGACAAUUAAAAAGAACAUCAAGUAGGGAGAUUUAUUGGAGAGAGAAAUGUCAGAAAUUAAAUUAUGAUGAAAGAAUUUACACUGAAGAUGAUAUGAUAACCAAACACAUGACAAUAGCAGGACUUGAAAAACAAGUUAAAGACAAAAACAAACAAAUAAAAGAAUUAAAUGAAAGACUAUCUGAAUUGGAAGUUGAGAACUGUAAACUUAAAAAGACUAAAGAGGCAAUCAUUUUUGAUGAAGAAAGUAAAACUUACAGCACUGAUGCUCAUUUAUGUGUAUAUUCAUUAUUAAAUUGCAAUGUAGCAUUUGAACAAAUUGGACAAGUAAUGUCAGCAGUUCUUAAUUUAGUAAAUAUUCAGCCAAAUAAAUUGCCAUCUGUUGGAACAAUUCAUAAUUGGUCGAUUGAACGUGGAUUAAUAUCAAAAAAACAAACGGCAGAUUUAGUAACAAAAGAAAAUACAACCUUGCAUAGUGAUGAAACUUCAAAAUAUGGCACUAAAUGGGGAGCAUUUGCAACAAGAGAUGAUGAUGGUUGUUACACUCUUCUCGGUUUGCAAGAAAUGGCAACAAAGUCAAGUGAUGACACUUUAGAUACAUUUAAAAACAUACUCAAAGAUAUAGAGAGUGUUUCUUCUGAUGGUGUUGGAAACAAAAUAUUAUUCAAUAUAAAAAAUACUAUGUCCGAUCGUGCAUCUACUGAAAAAAAAUUCAAUGAAUUACUUAAAGAUUACAGAAAUUCUAUAUUACCAGAAGUAUUUAAUAAUUAUGAUUCAUUUUGUGAAGAAGAAAAAAUUGCAUAUUCUAAAAUGAAUAAUUUUUUUUGUGGACUCCACACUCUUGUUCAUUUAGCUGAAACUGCUCAAAAAACAUUAUUAGAAACAGAAAAAUUACAUUUCAACAAUGACAUUCCUAAACUAAAUAAACAUUUUGAUAAACCUUCUCAGCCAGGUACAAUACGGCUUAUUCAUACAUCUUGCAAAGCAUUUGCAAGACGGGGUGAUGCAAAGAACGGUUGCCAUAGUAACUUUUUAACUUUUCUGAGUGACACUUUAAAAAAAGAAAAAAUGUCAUUUCCAUUGCAGCCUUUAAAAGGCAACCGAUUUAAUAUUCUUUUCACAAAUGCUGGACAAAUUUAUUACUUUUUAAAUCAUAUGUGUGAAUUUUUGGAUAAAACACCAAACCUUAAUUUACUGUUGGCAUCUGUAUUACAUGAUUUAAAAGAAGAUUUUUUUGUAGCAGGUUGUAAGGCUCUCGGCCUUGUUUCAAAACUUAUUACAACACCAUUUUGGAAUGUGCUUGAAAACAAUGAAAUUAGUAUAUCUAUGUUUAAUGAUCGUUUGAUUAUACUUGCUGAUUACCUUAAACAUGCCUCAUCACACAUUGAGGAUUUUAUUUGUGGAAAAAUGAUGUUGUAUGAUGAUGUGCCUGUUAAAGAAGAUAAAAUAUAUAAAUACCUCUUGGAAAGUUCUGAAAUUGAUAAGCAUGUUAUUGUUAUACUCAGUGUUAUGUUACCUGCAUUCGCUCAAUUAAUCAAAAAUCAUUAUAAAGAACAUCUUCCUGGUGGUGCAUUGGUCAACCUAAAUCUCAUACAAACUAAGAGUGUAGAUAAACACAAUAAAUUCCCAGAACGUGUUUUUUCUUAUGUAGAUCAUCUGCUGUCUUGCAAACCCAACAUUAAUACAAUAACUAUGGAAUCACACAUUACAUUUUCACUUAACAAAACAUCAGAAUGGCUUGCUGAACAUAGCAAUGCUCAUGAAAUCAUAACACAAAGUCGAAAGGAGGUAAAAAAUGAAAAAAUUAAAUUCAAGCAAAGAGAAGAAAAUAUACAUGCAAAACGCCUUGAAAAGCAGCUAGAAGAUUUCAAAAAGAAAGAAAAUAUGGAAAGGAGGAGAAUUGCUAAACUAGAAAAAGAAACACUUGAUAUGACUUUUUACGGGUUAUAG